AUGGCCCAUCAGCUUACUCCGGAACAACAAGCACUGUCUUUAGCCCGCAAAAAGAAAAAGGAGGCCGCUGCCGCCGCUGCCAGUCAAACACAUAGUUCUUCGCCUACCGAGUACCAAAAUUUGCUCAAUAAUCCGGCCGCACAGGUCCUCUCAAGAGAAUGGCUCUUCGGUCGUAAAGAACGGAACGAUUCUACCACUCUGGUGGCAACUUGGAAUAUCCUGGCUCAAGCUCUCGUCAGACGAGAGUUGUUCGUGGGAAGCGAUUGCCUUAAGACAACCCAGCGCCAUCCAAUGAUACUUGCUGAAAUCUUGUCGCAUGAGGCGGAUAUAUUUUGUCUACAAGAAGUAGACAGACAGGAUAAAUUACUACCCGUGUUUCAUAAGGCUGGGUAUAUCGAGACAUUCGGUUGUGGUCCUGGGAAGAAGCAUGGGUGUAUGAUCCUGCAUCGCGAAAUACGUUACGAAAAGAUUGCUGAACGGGUCGUGUUCUAUGAUCAGGAAUCUGUACGAGAAGGCCUGGCCGAUGGUGUCAAUACAUUUGGCCUAACUCACCGAACCAGAAAUAUCGGCCUUAUAGUAUCACUACAAGAUAAACUAGACAAACAUGCCCCGCCGAUCAUCGUUGCAACUACACAUCUAUUUUGGCAUGGAUUGUAUAAGUAUGAGCGUGCGAGGCAAGCGGGAAUCUUGAGGCGUGAGGCAAUGCGGUUCCGUGAUGAAUACGGGAACUCUAGGUCAUCUAUUGUAAUGGCAGGAGACUUCAAUUUCCAGCCUGACGAAGUUGGAUAUGCACUCCUCAGAAAAGCAGAGCUCACUCCAGAGCACUACUCCCAACUCGAAUCCUCUCGUGUGGUACAUGUAUCUCUUGAUCCUACCGUCCCUCGCACACCUCGUACAGGAACAGACGCCGAUGACGAUGAUGAGGCAGCUGGUUCUGGGGCCGCUCCGCGUCCCGACCUGAAAAAUGGUGAUGGAGAAAAUGAAGGAGAGUCGGAGCCAGUUGUGCCAAUCAAGAUCAAAGACUCUCGACCGGCUGUCGAGACCGACGGUCUACUUUCGAACGAAGAAAUGUUGAAGCUUUUUGGUAUUGGUGAGGAAGCGAGGAGUGCUUAUGACGAGAUACUCGGAGAAUCAGCCGAGCUCACGGGCGAGGGCGACAAUGUGUUAUCUGCUCGAGACUCAUCCAUGAAAGGCAGGAAGGGCGCAAACGAGCCAAUGUGGUCGUGCUUUACCCACUAUUGGCGUUCAACGCUGGAUUACAUUUUCAUUAUUGAUCCACCCGAAAAGGAGACCGCAGUGCAAGUCCUUGAUGUACUCAAAUCAGCAAGAACAGGGGUGUUGGGAGACGGGCUCCCUCGACUUCGUAUAAGCCCCAGCGACCAUCUCACGUUGGCAGCUUUAUUAGGAAGAAUCGUGGGGUUGUAG